UGCCGCCCUGGAGGAGCGGCUCCCUAGAGGCCCGCGCCCAGGCUGCCGCCCUGGAGGAGCGGCUCCUAGAGGCCCGCGCCCAGGCUGCCGCCCUGGAGGAGCGGCUCCUAGAGGCCCGCGCCCAGGCUGCCGCCCUGGAGGAGCAGCUGAAGGGCCUGGAGGCCCAACAGUCGAACGCUGAGCUGGGCCUGGACACAGAGAUGCAGGAGCUAAGGAAACUACAUGCUGUGGAACUCAACAAGCUGGACGAGGAGCACAAAGAGAUCCUUUUGACCAGGAUGGAAGAAGAGCGGGGGAAGCUACAGGAGGAGAGGGCGGAGGUGGAGAUGAGGCUGUUAAAGGAGUGGGAGAGGGAAAAGCUGGAGUUAAAGCAGAGCCACGAGGAGACAGUGAAGGCUAGGAUAGAGGAGGUGAGUGUCAGGUUCCAAGCGGAGCGAGAGGAGCUGGAGAUGAGACUCAUGGAGGAGUGGGAGAGCGAGAAGACUCAGUUGAACAAGCAGAGUAACGAGUCGCUGCAGACCAUGUUAGAGGAGGCGACGUUACGACUAGUCAAGGAGCAGCAGAACAGGGAGGCCAGGCUCACUGAGCAGUGGGAGCUGGAACGAGCUCGGCUUCAGGAGUGUCAUGAGGUGGCUCUCCUCACCAGGUUAGCCGAGGAGCGCCUGAAUCAGCAGGAGGAAACUGAGAGGAGGCUGAGGGAGGACUGGGACAGGGAGAGACUCCAGCUGGAGGGGGACUAUGAGGGGAUGUUUCAGGAGCGGCUGCAGGAGGAGAGGCAGAGCCUAAAGGAGGCCCACAGACAGGCCGUGCAGGAACUGAGUGCCAAACACCAUGAGGAGAGAGAACAGCUCAGCGGUCUACUGGAUAAACUGCGGGACAACAUCGCUGAGAAGAGGUGUGAGGCGGGUCGUCUAGUAGAGGAGAACCUUUUACUCAGACAGAAGAUCUCAACGCUGAAGGAUGAGGACCUGAGAGACAGCCAGGAAGAGAUGCUCUUCAAACUGGAGCAUUUCAGGAAGGAGAAGAUUUCUGCGCAAAAGAAGACGGAGAGUUUCAAGAGACAGAUCUCAGUGCUUCGUCUCCGCAGUCAGCAGCUGGAGGAUGAGAACGAGCAGCUGUCGGAGAAGAACGCCCAGAACGCAGCAGGAGUGGAGGGGUUGAGCCAACAGCUGGGUGAACUGCUCAGACAGAGUGAGAGACAGGAAGCUGUCAGAGACCAGCAACGUACUGUACCGGGGGAUGAGAGGAUGAAGAUGGCAGUGUGCGUGUCUGCCCUGGAGGCGGAGCUGACCAACGCUGUGGAAGGGACUGUACUUCUAGAGGUGGGCAAGGCCCAGCUGGUGCUACAACUCAAUACCCUCAGAGAUAAGGUGGCUAAGAUGGGGGCUGUAGAGUGCCAGCUCUCCCUCCUCCUGCAGGAACGCAAGGCUUUGGAAAAACAAACCCAGGGAUUACGCAACCAGCUAGCCAAAUCUCAGGAGAGGACCCAGGUGUUGGAGGAAAGUCUUAAGUCUGUUAACCUCCAGAGCGGCUGUCUCAAGUCAGACCUCCGCGUGACACAGCAGGAGAAGGACACCCUCAAACAGGAAGUGAUGUCACUGCACAAACAGCUGCAGAAUUACAAUGAUAAGAACCAGGUUCUGGAGAUGGCCCUGCACUCCAGUGGAUACCAGAGCCAGCAUAAGAAGCUGUACCAGGAUGAGCUGGCCAGGCUGGUGGAACAGGAGCAGCAGCAGCUGAGGCAGGAGAACGAGAGGCUGACCAUGGAGCUCCACCACACCAGGGACAAGCUGGAGGCAGCCAUCUUAACCGUGAAGCAGCAGAAACAGCAGGGCCAGUCCAGCGUGGGGAAGACUGUAGAACAGGAGAAGACUGCUCUGAAGAGAGAGCUGGACAUGAUACAUCAGGAGCUACUCUCUGCUCAGAAAAAGGUGUGUGAGGUUCAGCGAGAGCUGGAGAGUCUACGUCAGGAGAAUGAGGGGCUGAAGAUCCAACAGGUCCCACUACAGGCCUGGCUUCUGGAGGCCCAGCUGGGUGGUCUGCUGCCCCCCUCCCCUCGCAGGAUGCCUGGUGAGUGGCGAGGACAACACUGCGAGAACGACCACAACCCAGAGAACAUACAGGAUGAGAGGGUGAUGAUGAUAAUGAUGAAGAUGGAGGAACGUAUGAGGGAGAUCGAACUGUCGCUGCAUAACGUCAAGCUGCUUCUCAAAGAGAAGGUCUCCCAACUGAAAGAUCAGCACCAUAAGAACGGUAAAGCUGAUUUGUUGAUCAAGGACCUGUAUGUGGAGAACGCCCAGCUGCUGAAGGCCUUGGAGAUGACCGAGCAGAGACAGAAAGUAGCAGAGAAGAAGAACUAUCUACUGGAAGAGAAGAUCUCCAGCCUCAACAAGAUAGUCAGAGACCUGAGUCCCUCACGCCUACCCACAAUGCCCUACCAUUUUACCUGUUCCUAACACUCCACCUGAGCUCCUCACCCCUACCUCCCGUACCCUACCACUUGACCGGUUCCUAAGACUAUACCUCACCUGAGCCCCUACACCCAGUCCCCUCACCCCUACACCUAGUUGCCUACCCCAAGUUCCCUACCACUUGACCCUUUCUUAUAAUAUUAUACAUUACAUUUGUAGAGCGCUUUUCAUAAAUCCCAAAGCUCUUUACAGAGAAACCAUUCAAAGAAAAAAAGCUUUAAUGAAAGGACUAAAGACAUUAGGUGAGAAAUUAAGAUACUUUAUUAAUUCAACCGUUUAAAAAAAAAAAAAAAAACAAGCACACACAAAAUUGGAAAAAGCCAUACAUGAGUUAAAUCAUGGAGGAAAACACACAGUCUGGGACUUAUUUCCAUUGCGGUCCUCUUGAAACAAGAUGGCUAGUCAAGAUCCAUCACGGUUGAACACAGUAUUACAGCGAGAUAUAAAAACAAAGAAGAACAACAUCUAUCUCAUCAUACACAAGACACACAGAAUAUUAAAGGAGGCGACAAGGACGGAACAAUAAAACUUGAAACGUGACACCAACAGACAACACAACAUAGAUGGCAUAAAGUGAAAGACAGUUUGAAGAAGGGUUUUAGGUGUUUCUUUGGGACUGCAAGGAGUCUUUGAUCAUUUGACCGGAGUGAACCUGAAGACUGUUUGGGGCUGAGGAGUUAACUGAGUUAUUGGGGACCAGAGCCAUUGAGGGUUUUUGAAGACUAACAGGAGGGUUUUGAAGUUGGUUUUGAAUUGGGUGGGUAGCCAGUGGAGGCUAGAAUGGGGGUGAUGUGGGCAGAUCCCCAGGUUCCUGUGCGGCACUGUUCUGCACAAUCUGCAUCCUGUGGAUGCUUUUUGAGGGGGAGACCAUCAAGGAGGGCAUGCAGUCAUUGAGUCGGUAGGUGGCGAGGUAGUUAACCAGCAGGUCUGGAGAGAACAGGUGAUGUUUCUCAGGUGAAAUAAUUAUUUUUUUUGCAGACCUAUUUUUAUUUUUUUAUUGUCGGAGAAAGUGAGGGGUCCAGUAACACACCAAGGUUGGAGACUGAGGAGGACAGUAGGACGGAGUGGCCGCCAAAGACUACACUCUACCUGAGCCUACCUAUGCCCUACCUGAGCCCACCUGUGCCCUACCCCCAGUCCCCUAGCAUUUCACUACACUCGCAAUAACAUCUGCUAACCAUGUGUAUGUGACCAAUAACAUCUGCUAACCAUGUGUAUGUGACCAAUAACAUCUGCUAACCAUGUGUAUGUGACCAAUAAAAUUUGAUUUGAUUUAUUACCCAUCAACUGGUCCUAAUGUAGCAGCCAGGUGCUAGACAGGGAUGGAACUUGAUCGUUACACUGACAUUCCACCUGAGCCCCUACCCCCAGUCCUUUACCACUUUACCUGUUCCUAAUGUAGCAGGUGUGAGCUGAACAUGGAUGGAACCAUCUAUGUCAUUGGACGGAACUACAGCAUUACACUACCAUUCCACCUAGUGGCAUACCCAAGCCCCAAUACUUGUACAUUACAGCGUUAUCGUCUACCCUGAGCGGUAUACUACAAAGAAGGAUCAAUGAGUUAGCCAUCUAACUUUGAUUAGCAACCAGAAAUAACUUGAUUUUUAUGGUUGAUUGCAAAAGCUAAUUCUAGAAAUGUAUUUUUUUUGUUUGUUAAAUAAAUGAGACCAUGCCCAUUUCAAGCUUAUCGUUAUUACAAAAAUAAAACGUUAUAUCAGAAUAUUUAGGCACAUUAGCAAUCUAACACUUUGAUCCUGCUUUGUAGUGUACCCCUCUGGUCCUGUUCUCUCCAGUCCAACACCAGUCCACCACCAGCACUUGUUUUACCACUGUCAGUAAAGUAUUACACCAGCUUCUUCUUCAUUUAAAGUAUGAAAACAUUGCAGAUGUUUUUAUUUUAAUUAUGACAUUUAGAAACGUUUCAACGUGUUUUUUUAAUUUUUAUAGAGAAACUAGUGCUUACAUAGCAGAUGACAUUCCAUGCGUAUCAAAAUAAUUUUUCAUUUAAUCUCCAGGUUUUGGAGCAUUUUAUUAAUUCUCAUCAUACUAGCUACAUGACAGCUCUGAGGGUUAUUCAGACGUUCACUUAUUGUUAGUUAUUUACAAAUUGACACAUUGUACUGUAUGUCCCACAUGUCACAUACCUACCUUUUUAGAAUACAGUACCUUUUUGUUUUAA